GCAUGCAAGCAAUUGAAUGGGGAAUCAAGUAAUAGUGGAAAACAAAUUUAUAUAAGAGAAGAAAUCCACUCAAGAAAUGGAAGAAAAAAUGCGAGUUCAAUGCAUUGUUGACAAUAUUUCAUUCUUGGUCAACUUUCUGCACUCUCACAAUUAGUAGAGAAAAAAAGGAGAAGGAAGGAAAAUGGGUGAUUUGUACAACGGUGGAUCAAUGAUGGUGACUGAAGACGAUAAAUAUACAAAAGAUGGAACCACUGAUUAUCGCAACAAUCCUGCUAUCAAACAGGAGACAGGAACAUGGAAAGCUUGUCCUUACAUUCUUGGAAACGAAUGUUGUGAAAGACUGGCAUAUUAUGGGAUCAAUACGAAUCUGGUAAACUAUCUAAAAUUUCAGAUGAAUGAGAGCAACGUUGUAGCAGUUAACAAUGUGACAAACUGGUCCGGGACGUGUUAUGUUACACCAUUGCUUGGGGCAUUUCUAGCUGAUGCAUACUUGGGAAGAUAUUGGACGAUUGCAACUUUCUCAACCAUCUAUGUCUUUGGCAUGACAAUCUUGACGUUAUCGGCAUCUGUCCACGGCCUAAAACCAUUUUGCGACCCGAAUAAUGGGGGGUGCCAUCCAACAGGGCUGCAAAUAGGAGUUUUCUACGCUGGUCUAUACUUGAUAGCACUAGGCACCGGGGGAAUCAAGCCCUGUGUUUCCUCCUUUGGAGCAGAUCAAUUUGAUGACUCUGAUGAGGUUGAGAAGAAGAACAAGAGUUCUUUCUUCAACUGGUUCUAUUUCUCUAUCAACAUAGGGGCUCUUGUUGCGUCCACGGUUCUUGUAUGGAUACAAACGAACGUCGGAUGGGGCUGGGGUUUCGGCAUCCCUGCCGUGGCAAUGGCUAUUGCUGUUGUCAGCUUCUUCUCGGGCACUCGACUUUACAGGAACCAGAGGCCUGGAGGGAGUCCAUUGACUCGCAUUUGCCAGGUUGUUGUUGCAUCUGUCAGGAAAAUUGGAGUAGAUGUGCCGAAAGAUAAAUCUGCUCUUUAUGAGACUGCAGAAGAAGAAUAUGCUGUCAAGGGGAGUAGGAAACUUGAGCUAACUAAAAAGUUGAGUUUCUUUGACAAGGCUGCGGUUGAGACAGAAUCAGACGCAAGAAAUGGCUCAGUCAAUCCCUGGCGACUCUGCACUGUGACUCAGGUGGAAGAACUCAAAUCCAUCAUACGACUGCUGCCAAUAUGGGCAACCGGGAUCAUUUUCAGCGCGGUAUACAGUCAAAUGGGCACGUUAUUUGUUCUUCAAGGCAACACCAUGGAUCUUCACUUGAUAAGAUCCUUUGAGAUCCCAUCGGCUUCACUGUCUCUAUUCGACACAAUAAGCGUCAUCUUCUGGGUUCCAGUCUAUGACCAGAUCAUCGUGCCUUUUGCCCGGAAAUUCACAGGCAACAAGAAUGGAUUCACUCAGCUUCAAAGAAUAGCAAUUGGACUUGUAAUUUCAAUUUUUGCCAUGCUGGUGGCCGGGACACUUGAAAUGAUUAGGCUGAAUAUUGUGAAAGAACACAAUUACUAUGAGCUCAAGCACAUGCCCUUGUCCAUAUUCUGGCAAGUACCACAAUAUUUCAUCAUAGGAUGUGCUGAGGUUUUCACAUUCAUUGGGCAGCUGGAGUUUUUCUACGAGCAGGCUCCAGAUGCCAUGAGGAGCUUGUGCUCAGCGUUAUCGCUCACGACAGCAGCAUUAGGGAACUAUUUGAGCACUUUGCUAGUGAAUAUUGUGACAGAUAUUAGCACCAGGGACGGCGGCCCUGGCUGGAUUCCCGAUAAUCUCAACUAUGGUAAACUUCACUAUUUUUUCUGGCUUCUGGCUGUGCUGAGUCUGAUGAAUUUGGGGAGAAAAGUUUAAGAAAAAAUGGCUGCAAUAGGAGAAGAUGAUAUCUACACCAAAGAUGGAACUGUGAAUAUCCACAAAAAACCUGCUAAUAAGGCGAAAACUGGAAGUUGGAAGGCUUGCCGCUUCAUUCUUGUGACUGAGUGCUGUGAGAGAUUGGCAUACUAUGGGAUGAGCACCAAUUUGGUGAACUACCUCAAAACACGACUCGGCCAAGGGAAUGUGACUGCAUCGAACAAUGUCACGAAUUGGUCAGGGACCUGCUACAUCACGCCUCUCAUUGGAGCUUUCAUUGCUGAUUCUUACCUUGGAAGAUUUUGGACAAUUGCCACUUUCGCUACCAUCUAUGUUAUUGGAAUGGCACUCUUGACAUUAUCUGUUUCAGUCUCUGGACUAAAGCCUGAAUGCAAUAAGAAUGGCUGUCACCCGACUUCAUUGCAGAUGGCUACCUUCUUUGUAGCGAUAUACUUGAUUGCUCUUGGAACGGGCGGAAUCAAACCAUGUGUAUCUUCGUUUGGCGCAGAUCAGUUUGAUGAUAAUGACAAAAGAGAGAAGAGAAAGAAGAGCUCCUUCUUCAACUGGUUUUAUCUGUCCAUAAACAUUGGUGCUAUGAUUGCUUCGUCGGUUUUGGUGUGGAUACAAAUGAAUGUGGGUUGGAAUUGGGGGUUCGGGACUCCAGCAGUUUCCAUGGCCAUUGCUGUUGCAUUUUUCUUCUCAGGGAGCCAUCUGUAUCGGCUCCAGAUACCGGGAGGGAGCCCCCUGACACGAAUUUUUCAGGUGUUGGUCGCAUCCAUCAGAAAAUACAACGUCAAAGUUCCGACUGACAAAUCUCUUCUUUAUGAGACUGCCGAUGCGGAAUCUAGCAUUGAAGGUAGCCGCAAGCUCGAGCAUACAGACAAGUUCAGGUGCCUUGACAAAGCUGCAGUAGAAACAGACUCGGACAAUUCUCUGGAAGGGGUGGUGAAUCCAUGGAGUCUCUGCACAGUGACUCAGGUUGAAGAAUUAAAAUCCAUAAUCGGACUACUUCCCAUCUGGGCUUCUGGAAUAGUUUUCUCCACAGUGAGCAGUCAAAUGGGUACAAUGUUUGUUCUGCAAGGCAACACAAUGGACCAACAAAUGGGACCCAACUUCAAGAUCCCAUCAGCAUCCUUGUCCCUCUUUAACACCCUCAGUGUCAUAUUCUGGGCACCUGUUUAUGACCAAGUAAUUAUCCCCCUUGCAAGAAAAUACACUCACAAUGAGAGGGGAUUCACACAGCUCCAAAGAAUGGGAAUUGGGCUCGUAAUCUCAACUAUUGCCAUGAUUGUUGCCGGUGUGCUGGAGGUUGCUCGGCUCGACUAUGUGAGGAGGAAUAACUACUAUAAUCAGCCCACCAUUCCCAUGUCCAUAUUUUGGCAAGUUCCACAGUACUUCCUGGUUGGAUGUGCGGAAGUUUUCACAAACAUUGGACAGUUGGAGUUCUUCUACGACCAAGCACCUGAUGCCAUGAGAAGCUUGUGUUCUGCCCUUGCUCUCACAACUCAUGCCGUGGGUCAUUACCUGAGCUCAGCACUGGUAAUAGUUGUGACUAAACUGACAACAAAACAUGGGCACCUCGGCUGGAUCCCCAAAGAGAAUCUGAACAGGGGCCAUCUUGAUUACUUCUAUUGGCUCCUGGCUAUCCUUAGUUCGAUGAACUUCUUUGUCUAUCUCUUGAUUGCAAAAUGGUAUGUUUACAAGAAAGCGGUGGUAAAAGAUCGAUGAUUCUGGGCAUGACCACUAGGUUCAUGUGCUUGGUAGUAUUUCCUUCAGAUAACAAUUUGUGUAAAUAAUGGAGAGCAAUAUGGUGGCAAAAGCUGGAUGAUUCAGAGCAUUAGGCCUACUUAAUACGUUUACUAAUAUUUCUUACCUGUGCCUGCGAGGCCGAGGCAAGUUUGCUAGUAUAUAUUUCCUUUAAACGUCCUUUCUGGUCAUGAGUUGCUUCUAAUUGAACUUGAGAUGCAAGCCUCUUAUUUGCUAGUCACAUCACCAAUAACGCCAGGGUCAGCCUUCUGGUGUUGAAACAUAUAGGGAGGUUCCUAAAAGUUCUAUUAAAGUUGACUUGCUUACCACUCCAGCUUUAAACUAUAUUUUAUUAGUGAGAGCUUACUUUCUGCUCCUUCCCCCCCC